GUGACAAAUACGCCGGGGCUUCUCUCCGCUGCCGUGGUUUCGAAGCUUUAACACGAUCGUCCGUUGCUGUGUCAAUCAGCAGAGAAGGAAAAGCUCGUCCUUCGUAAAAUUGGAGGAGAUAAAGAGGGAAUCUCAUCGACAUGGCGAGAUACGAUAGAGCUAUAACAGUGUUCUCACCCGAUGGCCAUCUAUUUCAAGUCGAAUACGCUCUCGAAGCUGUCCGCAAGGGCAACGCCGCCGUUGGCGUCCGCGGCACUGACAUUGUCGUUCUCGGCGUCGAGAAAAAGUCCACCGCCAAACUUCAAGACACCAGAUCGGUGAGGAAGAUUGUCAGUCUAGACGAUCACAUUGCCCUUGCUUGUGCAGGACUAAAAGCAGAUGCCCGAGUUCUAGUCAACAGGGCUCGGGUUGAAUGUCAAAGUCACAGGCUUACUCUUGAGGACCCAGUUACAGUUGAGUACAUAACUCGUUUCAUUGCAGGUCUUCAGCAAAAGUACACUCAAAGUGGUGGUGUAAGACCAUUUGGCCUUUCAACCUUGAUUGUUGGUUUUGAUCCAUACACUGGUACACCGUCACUGUACCAGACUGAUCCUUCUGGGACGUUCUCAGCUUGGAAAGCUAAUGCAACUGGCAGAAACUCUAAUUCAAUUCGAGAGUUCUUAGAGAAGAACUAUAAAGAAACUUCUGGGCAAGAAACUGUGAAGCUGGCUAUUCGAGCCUUGCUUGAAGUUGUUGAGAGUGGAGGCAAGAACAUAGAAGUUGCUGUGAUGACUAAGGAGCAUGGUCUGCGGCAACUUGAGGAAGCUGAAAUUGAUGCCAUUGUGGCUGAGAUUGAAGCGGAGAAAGCUGCUGCUGAGGCUGCAAAGAAAGGCCCUCCGAAGGAGACAUGAUUUGUUUCUCCCCUUGUGUUUUGUUUUACUCCAACAUUGUGUUGUUAGGUAUUGGCCGAACUUGCUAUACUAUGGGUUAAAUUUAUGCCGUGAAUGUCUGGUGAUAAUCCUUAUGGGAAAGGAAAUGCUGAUGAUUGUGGUGAAUUCAGAUUGAAAUCAUGUUUACUGAGAUGAAGCAAACUUUUGGCAAGAGGUUUCGGGAC